CUCUCUUAUUUUGCAGCAACCCCCUCUUGCUUUGCUUUGCUUUGCCUUGAUGUGAUUCACCACUAUAUUUUCAAGAACCGUAGUCUCUCAACCUUUUGCAAAAGAGAAGAAAGAUCAAGAACUAGAGAGAGAACAAUAUGGUUUAUUCAUCAAGUCCAGUCUAUCUUGAUCCAGCCAAUUGGCAACAGGCUAAUCCUCAGUCAGGACCCGGUAAUAGUACUACCCCAAUCUCUCAACAACUAACCUCGUUACAUGUCGGAAGUGGACCAACAACCGGAGGCUCCAUCAGGCCAGGUUCUAUGCUGGAACGGGCAAGGUUGGCUAACAUACCCAUGCCCGAAACCGCACUCAAAUGCCCUAGAUGCGAGUCCACUAACACCAAGUUUUGCUACUUCAAUAAUUACAAUCUUACCCAACCUAGGCAUUUCUGCAAGAUGUGUAGGCGAUACUGGACUAGGGGUGGUUCCCUAAGAAACGUGCCCGUUGGAGGUGGCUGCAGGAGGAACAAAAGAAGUAAGUCCUCCGGCAGCUCAUCCUCCAAGUCUCGUGCUAGUAGCACUGGCGCAGGCACAUCCACAACCGGUCCAGUUGCUGGCUGUGGCUCAUCAAGCACUUCAACUACUUCUUGUGGCCCGACCAUCGGUAGUGCUUCUACCUUGUUGGCUUUAAACUCAGAAAUCCAACCGCUAAGGGUCAUGGCUCCAUUGAGUCAACUCGGUGAGUUCAACCCUGGAGAUAUAGGGUUGAAUUACGGUGGAAUGAAUUCAACUCCUUUAUUGGCUACUAAUGAUAUGAUCAACAAUUUCCCUUUUGGUGGGCCGUUUGGAGUUGAGCCAUGGCGGUAUCAACAUUGUCAAUUCUCAUCCAUGGCCGGUUUGGAAGGCCAAGGAGCUGGAGUGUUCCCAUUUCAAGGCGGAAGCAGCAACAACAUAGAACAUUUGGGUUAUGGAAGCGAUAAUCGGGCCAUGCCCAAGAUGUCUACUAAUGGGAUAACUCCAUUGGGAAUGAAGAUGGAAGAUAAUCUUCAUGAAAUGAAUUUGUCAAGGCAGUUUUUAGGGUUUCAAGGAAAUGAUCAUCAUCAAUAUAAUAAUGCUAAUUGGGCAAGUGGAGGAAGUACCGGAACUUCUCCGUGGACUGAUUUUUGGGGGUUUAGUUCUUCUUCAACAAACAGUAAUCAUCUAUAGUUAUGAUGGUGAAGAAGUUGCCAUAACAACAAAAGCUUGGGGACCGGAAAGAGGGCAAGUAGAUGAUUUUGAGCCAGCAUUGAGUACUUUGAUAAUGUGAGGAAACCCUAGAAUUGAAGGUAGGUUGCUUCUAAUUUAGGAUACUUUUUCUUUCCUUUGUGUGGGAUAGGGGAUUUACUCUCUAAUCUUUUUUUCAUUUAAUGUAUGUUAUGUGUGAUUUGUAAUGAAUUUAAAGAUUUUUCUAGCUC